AUGUCCGGCACGACCAAGCCUUUCCCUCUGAAAAGGGGGGGCCGGACAACCCCCGGCCACCCUGCCCCUGUUAUCCCCUCGAAGAUUCGGGCCCUGCAUCUUAAGCCCAAGUCCAGCCACGUCACCCAUGUGGUCUCCGAGAGGACGGCUUCGGAGGAAAGUGCAGAUGCCGCCCGAGCAGCCCUGCUCGCUCGGAGCAUUCGCAAAGAUCCUCUCAUGAGGAAGGCCAGCAUGGUGAUGGAUUUCCUGCUGGAGAGGUACACCAAGAAGGAGCCCAUCACAAAGAAUGCCAUGCUGAAUGUCAUCGGAAGGAAGUACAAGCAGCACUUCCCGGAGAUCCUGAGCAGAGCCUCUGAGCGCGUGGAGCUGGUGUUUGGCCUGGAGCUGAAGGAAGUCGACUGCAGCAGGAACAUCUACGCCCUCGUCAACAAGUUCACUCUCGGGGUUGAGGAAGGUUCAAGUGAUGAGGAGGAGCUGCCCAAGUCUGGUCUCCUCAUGGCGCUCCUGGGCAUCAUCUUUAUGAAGGGUAACCGCGCCACCGAGGAGGAGAUCUGGGAUUUCCUCAAUGUGUUGGGGAUCUAUGCUGGGAGGAAGCACUCCAUCUUUGGGGAGCCCAGAAAGCUCAUCACCAAAGAUCUGGUGCAGAAGGGGUACCUCAACUACCGCCAGGUGCCCAAUAGCGAUCCUCCAAUCUACGAGUUCCUGUGGGGCCCGAGAUCUUAUGCUGAGACCAAUAAGAUGAAGGUGUUGGAAGUUCUGGCCAAGAUCCAGGAUACGGUCCCGAGUUCCUUCCCAGACCUCUAUGACGAGGCUCUGAGAGAUCAGGCGGUUAGAGCAGGGCUGAGAGGCAUUCCCAUUUCUCCAGCCAUGGCUGAGGCCAGUGCCCCUUCCAGGGCCAAGUCCUACAGCUCCUCCCACAUCUAG